GCAUGCAUUUCAUCUAUAUGCAGCACAUUUCAAGCGCCUCUAACACAAACACUGACCACAAGUAGUCAGAGCCUUUGUAAUGCAGCAGAGAAGCACAUGUGGAACCCAAGCUGUAGGUCUGGUUAAACCACUGGCUACCAGACAUGUGCAUGGUCUCAACUUGAUGGACAGUCACCCUUUUGGUUUAUUUCAUAGUAGAGGUCGGGACUCCUAAUAUAAACCAACGUUCUAUGCCCAAUCAUGACUCCGUUUGUGAUUCUAUCGUUGUUGCUUGUGCUAUUUCACUCGGCUGUAGCUCAGCAGAAUUCGACAGCCUGUGACGUGCAAUGUUCCUACGAAGAAGACUUGCAGGAGACCAACUGUGAUUCGAGACAAUUCGAAUCCAUACCUAUCGAAUGUAGUCAAUCUACAUAUUUGUCACUUCGUUAUAAUCAGAUCGCUGAAAUCGAACCUGGAAUAUUCAGAGAUUUCCUUCAUUUGGAGAGACUCAUUCUGUCUCAUAACAACAUUUAUCAAAUUAAUGCAAACACAUUCAAUGGUGCAUAUCAACUAGAAGUCAUCGACUUGACCUACAACCAUAUACAUACCUUCAAUCGGGAUGCACUAAAUGGCACAGAGAACCUUCUUUCCAUCGACCUAGGAAAGAAUAACCUCAGUUCCAUAGAGGGGGGGAAUUUUCAACUAGCACUGAACCUAAAGAUCAUCGACCUCUCCUCGAACCACCUGACUUAUCUCAGUCCUGCUGUAUUCCAAGAUUUAAAGAGUAUUAAAAAUAUAUUUCUUAACAAUAACAAACUUGUUGAUCUGCCUGAAAACAUCUUCAAAGACCAGUCAUCCUUGAUCUACUUAGACCUAGCCAACAAUUUUUUAUCCAGCCUACCACGUGAUAUAUUCAAAAAUUUGGUACAAAUAAAUAUACUUGAUCUUGAUGCAAACAGAUUAACGGCUAUUACUUUCACUCUCCCAACUAUUUUAUCUUUAAAGUUGCGUGACAAUGAACUAAAACAUCUCGGUAAUGCUUCGAUUGAAAACUGGACCGGCCGUGUUGGGAAUCUAUAUCUAGAAGGCAACCCGUGGGCAUGUAAUUGUUCUUUUGAGCCUUUUCGUUCGUUCAGGUUCAGAGUGUCACCAUACUGCGACAUACGUGAUAAUCCGGUCUGUGCCAGUCCUCUGGUCCUUGUUAAUCAGUCAUUAAAAAAUGUCAAUCAGACAUGUCCUCUUCAAAACAUCAGUUCGACAACCGAAGUUACUAAUGUAGGUGGAAGAAAUGGCCAUAUCAGUGAACAUUCGCGCUAUUCCUUCUUUGCUUUGGUAUUGCCUCUAGGCAUAGUAUUCUACUACUUAUGGUGAUUAUCUACAGAGGAUGUAGGCAUGGCCCAACUAUUUAACAUUCGUACAAUAAUCAAAUCACAGUUAAAGGACAUUCGACAAAAAGGCCCUGUGAUAGGACUCCAAGUAAGUGUCCCUUUAUUAAACCCACCAGCCCCUCCGAGCAAAAACAUUGGUAAAAGUGGAGAUGGAAUUGAAUUAGAAAUAAAUGGGUGUAGGAGAAAUCUGUGUGAUGAUUUUGGUUCCAUCCCAGUUGACACGAAGUCAGGAAGCCACCCGUGUCUCAACUCCUCUAAUGCCUCGUAUUGACGCCAU